UGAAAACACAAACAUGUGUUUAUGAUAUUUGAAAUCAAAUUGCAAUCAAAAUAAAAACUUUUUUUGUUUUUAUUUGUUUGUGUUUUCAUAUCAUAUAUGAUAUACAAUCCAAUUAUCACUUUGAACUGAUCCAUCAUAACGUUGUUGUUGUUGUUGUCCCACAACCAUAUCAUAUACAGGGAUGCGCUUCAGUCGUAUACCGUCGUGGAGUUUCCCGAACUACAAGUCCCGUCUGCCCGACCACUACUACCAACAUCGGCGCCAAUUGGAUCGGCCAUCAAGUCGUGUCCACGACCGACCAUUCGACUACCAGAAACCCGACUACUAUGAUCUCUUCUACAAUAGCGAACGCCAUAGAGUUGAACGUGUGGCCGACGUACCAAUACCGGUGAUUUAUCCGCCAGAAGCCGACACCGGUAUCUGGGGUGGCGAAGGUGUUGUCAAAGGUUACGUAAAGCCCAGGAAGUACUUCCAGCAGGGAGAUCCACGUCCGAAGAUGUGGUUUCCAAAUCUGAAACGAUGUGUACUCUAUAGCGAGAUAUUAGACAAACAUUUUCGCCUAAUCUGUACCCGACGUACACUGGACUUAGUGGACAGUCAUUAUGGCUUCGAUGCCUACCUAUUGAAAACUCCAGUACAAGAUCUAAAGUCACAGUUGGCUCUAUCAUUGAGACGACUAAUGUUAUUGAAGUUAUUGAAGAAUGACUUUACAGAUGAAAACCAUGGCAAAGAAAUGCGCGAAAAAUAUAGCGACUGUUGGAAAGGAUUUACUCUAGAAGAAGCCGAAUGGUUUGGUCUGUCAGUAAAACAGGCCAUAGAAAAACAGAAACUAAUUGACGCCAAACAAUACAAACCGAUACCAUUGAAGGCUAUACUAACUCAGGAGCUGAUCGAAGAAUUGCAAAAAAUGAAAGACAGCGGAGAAAUGGAUAUACUUAUGAAAGAAGAGAAAAAACAUCAUUGGUUGGAUAAAUUCAAGUUAAAAAUACCAUUUUUAAAGACCAAUCAAUAGAUUGGUUAAAAUUAUGAUUUAAAAUAAAAUCGUUAGUUACAGUUAG